AUGGCAGAAGCACAUCUGUUAGUAUUUCAGGAUGAGUUCACCUGCUUGGUGUGUCUGAAGACCCUGAGUGACCCCGUCUCAAUCCCCUGUGGUCACAGUUUCUGUAUGAAGUGCCUCACGGACUGCUGGGAUCAGAGCCAAGAGUGCAUCUGUCCUCAGUGCAGAAGAACCUUCACCACAAGGCCUGAAUUACACAUAAACACCACAGCAAUUGGCCCGCAUCAGUCUCUGAAUUACGCUGACCCUGGAGACAUGGAGUGUGACUUCUGUACUGGGAAGAAGCUCAGAGCGGUGAAUUCAUGUCUGACUUGCUUGGCUUCCUUCUGCCAGACUCACCUGCAGCCUCACUUUGAAGUUGACACCUGGAAGGACCACAUGCUGACUGAUCCUGAUGGAAAUCUGAAGGAGAAACUCUGUGUGAAACAUCAGAAACGUCUGGAGAUAUUUUGUACCACAGAUGAGAUGUGCAUCUGCAUGAUGUGUGUGGUGAGUGGACAUGAAGGUCAUAAAAUGGUCACACUGGAGACGAAAAGAGACGAAAAGCAGAAAGAGCUCAGGGUGACACUGAGUGAAAUGAGGAGGAGACUUGAGAAGAGAAAGAAGAAACUGAAGGAAACGAGGACAGCGAUGGGGCAGAUGAAGAUCUCUGCAGAAAGAAAGAUAGAAGAAAAUGAGAAGAGCUUAGCUGAUCUGAUUCACUGCAUUGAGGACAUUCAAAGGAAACUGAAUGAGAGAAUCAGAGAACAAGAAAAGAAAGAAGUGGAGAAAGCUGAAGGAGUCAUGGAGCGACUGGAGAAGGAGAUGAAGGAGCUAAAGAGGAGAGACAUGGAGUUGAAGAAGCUUUUAGAUACCAAGGAUCACGUCCACUUCCUGCAGACUUUCUCAUCUCUGUGUGUCCUUCCUGAUGAUGGAGACUCACUCAGCUUCACUCUCACUGCUGAUUUCUCUUCUGAGGACCUGAGAGAGGAGUUGUCAUGUCUGAUGAAGAGUGUGGAGAAGAUCAGCCAGGAGGACAUCAUCACAUGGACGCGAUCAGGUGGAGCGUCUGUUCAGAGUCACCAGAGUGCCAAUAAGAGGACACGGAGAGGCUGUGAAGCUCCAGUUUUCACCCUACAGCCUCCUGAAUCUCAGAGCAGAGAGGAGUUUUUACAAUACUUCUGUCCCCUCACACUGGACAUCAACACAGUCCACAGAUGGCUCUGUCUGUCUGAUGGGAACAAGGAGGUGACACAUGACAGGACAAAAACCAAAUACCCCAAUCAUCCUGAGAGGUUUGACUGCUGGCCUCAAGUUCUGUGCAGAGAGGCUCUGACUGAGACUCGCCGUUACUGGGAGGUGGAGUGUACUGGUGAAAGUCUCAGGAUAGGAGUCGCAUAUAAAGGAAUGAGUAGGAAAGGAUGGAGCUUAGACUGCUGCCUUGGACACAACGACAAGUCUUGGAGUUUGUUUUGUUCUAAUUCUGAGUACUCUGUGUGUCACAAUAACAAAGACACUGUAAUCAGCGCCCCCUACAGCCCCAGAAUAGGUGUGUAUCUGGACUGGCCUGCUGGCUCUCUGUCAUUUUAUAGCGUCUCACACAGAAUGACUCUCCUGCACAGGUACAACACCUCCUUCACUGAGCCCCUCUAUCCAGGGUUUUUGCUUGGUUGUGACUCCAGUGUAACAAUCUGCCAUCUGACAGCAGGUGACCACUGA